AACAGGUCAGUGGUUAUCCUUUAAACGAAGUUCCUACAUUCAAAGUGUCCUUUUCUCUUGCCGGUACAAUUUUUUUUUGCUUUGGGAUCUGCCUUUUAUUCGGACGCUCAACAAGAAUUCCUUUUCUGAUGGGGGAGCCAAUGCCUUCCAAUUUAUUGUGAUCAAUCCCCUAGCCGCCGUUCUCAGCUAUGGUGUCAUACCUUCGACAUUCCCUGGCCAUUUUGGUAACAUUGGUGGCUGUUCAUUAUGGCUUUACAUUAAGACAUCAUCAAGAAUGGAAAAAGCUUAUAUUAACACAUCACUGGCCAGCCACUGUGUGUGAGAUGGAUCAUGGACACUGUAAGAAUCCUCCUAAAUACUGGACAUUACAUGGAUUGUGGCCAGAUAAAGCCCAAAUGUGCAAUAAUUCUUGGCCGUUUGAUUCCAUCCAAAUUAAGGAUAUUUUGCCGGAGAUGAACCAGUACUGGCCCGAUCUCCUUCAUCCUAAUAAAUCUCAGCUUUGGAAACAUGAGUGGCAGAAACAUGGAACUUGUGCUGCAUCUUUGGAGUGUCUGAACACCCAGCUCAAAUACUUCAGCAAAGGCCUUGAAAUAUACAAACAGGUGGACCUCAAUAGUGUACUUGAAAAAUCUGGCAUAAUACCAUCUACUACAUAUUACCAGAUGAAAGACAUUGAAAAUGCGCUUAUAGGCUUCUAUGGAGUGUUACCAAAGAUUCAGUGUCUUCCUCCACAUCAGGGUGAAACUGCGCAAACACUUGGCCAAAUAGAAAUAUGUUUCACGAAGGAGUUCCAGCUGAGGAAUUGCACUGAGUCAGUGGACCUGAAUGAUCCACUAAUUGAUUGGAAGGCUUACAAUGAUGAUCUUCAUGUUUGUGAUAAUAGUACAAACACACUUUACCCUCCUGUUAAAGAACGUUAAACUAGUAAUCUCAGUGGUUAGGCUGUAUGUAGAAAACAUAAAGAAUUAAAUUUUCAUAUGAAUUCCAGAGGGAAUAAAAAUAAGUGCUGUAGAUUCACUGUUAUUUUUUAGGUUAAUGGUACACAGGUAAUUUUCUUCAUUCUACAUUGGUGUAAAAAGCAGCCUAACAAAAUGCUAAAUAAUUCAAAACCAUAAAAAGGCAUUUAUAUCUUAUGACACUUGGGGGUCUUAAAUACAUGUUCUUAAUAUUUGUACAGUCCUCCUUGUAAUUUAAUGCACGUGCCCUUACACACAGGUAUUUACUUCUGCAAUCCUAUGUGGUGGCUUUUUAAUGCAUUCUACUGUACAGGAAUGAAUGAGUCUGUACUAUUUCUGUUUUAUCUACACACUGCACUGUGCAGAACUGCCAAAUGCUGAACAUUGUACCUGACCUGUUUUCAGGAGCCCAGGACUGUGCUUUGGGUACAUAAACAUACAAUGGAACUCAUCAAGAAGCCACUGUAUGAAAUUGCAAAGAGUCUAAGGGCUCUAAGGCAGUGCCUCUCUUUUAGUUUUUGAAAAGCAGCCUUAAGGUGGCCAUAGACUUAAAGAUCCGCUCGUUUGGCGACAUCGCCAAACAAGCGGAUCUUUCCCCGAUAUGCCACUAAACUGCGUGGCUAUAUCGGGGGUAAUUCGAGCGUUCGGCCGUACGGCCGAACGAUCGAAUUACGAUGCGCCAAGCAUGGCGGAAGCCCCCAUACACGGGCAGAUAAGCUGUCAAAUCGGUCCAAACGACCGUUAUCGGCAGCUAUUUCUGCCCGUGUAUGGCCACCUUAAGUUACAUGUUCUUAUAUUUUUCUUUUUUUUGAUCCCACUCUCUUAUCUGUACUUAAUUUCUGACCCAAGAACUAAUUAAUUUUUUUUUUGCUUAAGCGUUAAAUCACACAAAACAAAUACAAGAUUUGAAAAUUAGAUUUUUUUUUUUUUGCAGGUAAUUACAUUUUAGCUUUAGCCUAAAAAGGGGUAAUUAACCUUAUUUUGCUUAACAGCAGACUUUAUAGUUUGAGCUCUAUUUUAUAGAUUGUAAUUUAAAAGUGAAACAAAGUAUUUUUAGUGUUCUCUUACAUUGUAAGCAAUUACAACAUUCAGCUGUUGUUUGAGCAAAUUUUAGUUCCUUUAGAGUAAGGCCAAAGCACAGUUUCUUCUCAGGUGUUUAAUAAUGGUGCAUACUGUAUCAAUAUCUACUUUACUCCAGUAUUGGGUAGAAUAGUUAGAUUGUAUAGAUCGGUAUUGUAAGGGAAAUCUGCUAACAGGGUUGCCAUAAUAAUUAAGCUAAAAGUGUAGGAAAAAAAUGCAGCACUACCUUAACAAUGGUUAAUUACAUAUAAUUGCAUUGUUUGUAAACAUCUGAAAGAGUUUUCCCCCAUUAAUUUGUAGCAGUAUUGUUUACCCCAAGUCAUGAACACAGCUUGCAAAGUUCAAAAAAAAGGAAAGUGCUCUGUAAGAGAGCUCUCUCCCUACUGAAAAUACUACUAAGCGCUUGUGUGUAUGCAGCCAAAUAGCAUUUCACAUGUGCAUGUUGAGGUAACACUGUGAGUUGAUAUAGCCUUCAGUCUAAACAUCCAGAAGCUGUAUUACUACUUGAUGCAGAAGGAAGGGGAAUUUUUAUAAUAUUUUUCUUUUUUUAAUUAUAAUCUUAUAUGUGACUAUGGAAAACCUUCUUGAAAAUGUUUUUAAUAAAUUUAUAGAACAAA